GCCAUUUGUUACAUAGCUUUGUUCUGAGCUCCUGUAACCCGUAGUAACUUAAUGGGGCCAGUGGGUGAUGGGGUGAAAAGCAAUCUGUUCACAUGCCAGGAUUUGCUAAAAAAUUUGAGCACAUUUGAGCCCAGAAGGAACCAUGUAAAGAUGAUAGUGAUCAAGUACAAACAAAGUAGAUUAAGUUAUCUUAAAGGAAAGAGCGUGAUAUCUAUUCACAAUCCGCUGGAGAGACUGCUUCAUGAUACAUUAACGCAACAAAGCUGACUGAGAAGUCCCAGUCACUCCAACAAUUGAAGACUGGCAAAUUUGUAUCCUGUCUGAGUUACACUAUUGGCUUUUGAAAAACAGCAUCUUUAACACAACUGAUAAACAGCAAGUACACACACCUGAGCAGGCAUGCGACGGGCAGAGCCUGGCGUGUGGCCCACCGAGGCACAGAGACGAGAGGAGAAGCGGGCACAGGCCAGACUGGCAGGAGGGCUACGGCAGCUGGACGAAGCACGACUCUACCAACUGAAAACCCUCACAAGAGAGCAGUGGAGGGUACACCGGGACCUGGGAGCCAGCAGGGCAAGUAACCCCUGGAGGAACACCAGCGAGAGCCUGGGGUCCAGACCUUGGGACCAAGAUCUCAAUCGGCCGAGCCUGUCCUACUGGAGAACCCCCUUACCCACAAUUCCACAAGCUGGCAGAGGGCCUGAAAAACACAGGUCUCAGAAGCCGAAAUCCGGGAGUGUGGGCGGCUCCUCGGCUGGCCUGCAGGCCCGGGUUCGGGAGUUCAUGGGUGGAGGAGUGGAGGGCUCCGGGGCACCCCUCUGUCUGCCAGACCUCAAAGCGCAAACCGUCACCAGAACAAACGCCACCGCCGCUGCACAGGGGGAGAACGAGGGGGAGGCGGAGAAGAAGAGGGAAAAGGAGAGGGGGAAGCCGAAUUGGGACGGAGAGGAGCGUUCUCCUUCUCCGCCUCCCGCCGCCGAGACCCUGGCUCCGGAGGGCCGCCUGAGAACCGUGCACACCCUGCCGAGCUUCUCCCAGGCCCUGGCCGAGGCGCGGAAGGCCCGCUACAUCAGGCACCGCGGCCGUCCGCUCUGCGAGAGGGAGCUGUCGGUGGGCGAGAUAUUCGCCAGGGCCACCAAAGAUGCCAAGACACACUGAUCCGCACAUCUAGCCUUCUCCAGCUCUGCUACUGAUUACUCUCUCCUGACCCACUGACCUGCCAAUCAUGUAAUUUACUCCACUUUGACGCCUAUCCCUCCAUAUUGGAGUGCCAGCUUGAUGAGAUGUUUUUAUGAUUUACAAAUGUGCACUUUUUUUUUUUUUCUAAAGCAUACACACUGUCAGCUAUUCCUGUCUCACUGUAAAUCACCUUUGUCACCCACCCAUGAUACAGUUUUGAAAUAUUCAAGGCAUAUGGACUGCUUUCUUCCCUGAGGAACAUUUUAAUGAUUUCUAUGAUAUGAAUGUAUUAAUUAAUGUUUUAUAAGGAAUGAAUAAAAUAUUCACAGUAAAGUGCAUCCUAUUGGCUUAA